AUGGAAUAUGAGAGAAAAGUUAGGGAGUUUGUGAAGAUUUCAGUAAGGAAUGCCAGUUUUCCGAGUAAGAUUCUUUGUCCAUGCAACAAAUGUCAUUUUCUAAGACAUCAACUUUCGGAUGAAUUUGUAGAACACUUAGUUUUGUACGGCAUGGACAAAUCAUACAAAACAUGGUUUCAUCAUGGGGAAGAUCUAGUCCAAAGUAGUACGACUAAGACAAGUUCUACAUAUAAUAUAUUUUGGGCUGCUGGAGUAUGUUCAAGUAAUGUCACUGAUUUGGAUGAUGAUAACAAUGAUGAUGAUUUUGAUAGUCUAUUAGGAGAUGCUGAAUCUCCACUGUAUGAAGGACUUGCUACUGAUGGGAUCAACUUUUACAAAAAUAUGAGUUCUGCAUAUAGUUGUUGGCCAAUAAUGCUCGUUGAAUACAAUUUUCCACCUUCAAUGUGCAUGAAGAAUGAAUUCACAUUUCUUUCUAUGUUGAUUCCUGGACCAAAACAACCUAGGAAUGACAUAGAUGCUUAUUUGGAGCCCUUAAUAGAUGAGUUACUAGAAUUAUGGAAAGGUGUGUAUACAUAUGAUGUUUCUACAAAGAAGUUUUUUAAUUUAAAGGUCAUGUUGUUAUGGACCAUAAAUGAUUUUCCAGCUUAUGGAAACUUAGCUGGAUGUGCGACUAAAGGGAAGUAUGGUUGUCCUAUAUGUGGAGAGAACUCAAAUGUUGUUUGGUUGAAGCAUAGUAAGAAGAUUUCUUUUUGCAAUCAUAUUCAAUUUCUUCCACAACAUCACCCAUAUCGAAAGAAGAAAUAUACAACUGCUAGGGCAAGGGAAAGAUCACCACAAUGUCCAACAAUAUUAACAUGUGUUGAAGUAGCUGAGCAAUUAAGUGAAUUCACUAAUGAUUUUGGCAAGGGUAGAAAGAGGGAUCGUGGUUCAGAGUUUGAUAAAGGAUGGAAGAAAAAGUUAAUUUUUUUUAGGCUCCCUUAUUGGGAGAUCUUGGGAAAAUCUAAAGAUCAUUACAACUCGAGAUUAGAUUUGACAGAGAUGGGCAUUAUGACUCAUCUCCACCCAUAUGAAGAAGAAGGAAUUACUCGUCUUCCUACUGCAGCUUACACUUUUUCUAAGAUUAGCAAUUGUGUAGAUAUGGAGAAUCAUAAGCUAACAGGACUUAAAUCUCAUGACUGUCAUGUGAUUAUGCAGCAAUUGUUAGCGGUUGCUAUAAGGGGUUUAAUGGAUGACGGAUGUAGAGAGAAAAUCCUUCGACUUUCGCGUGAAGUCAGACUUUGUGUUCCGGUUCAAUUUCGAUGUAUGUAUCAUUUUGAGAGGUAUAUGAAAGUAUUGAAAGGAUUUGUAUCAAAUUAUGCACGACCAGAAGGAUGUAUUGCGAAUCGCUAUCUUGCUGUUGAAUGUGUACGCUUUUGUGGGACCUUUUUGAAGCAUAAUGAUAAUCAAGAUAGUACUGAAAUUGAAGAAAAUCCACUAUCAGCUGGAGAAUGCUUUGAACUUGACCAAGGGGAUAUAGCAAUAGCCCACCGAUAUGUCUUAUUCAACUCAGAAAUUGUAGCACCAUUUCUCAAUAUCCAUAUGGAUGAGCUGAAAGAAAUGCACAAAAUCUUGAAGGAUAAUCAAACUUUGCUUUGGAAUCGACAUUCUGAAGGGUUCCCCCUAUGGUUUUAUGACAAGUUUCAUAAAAGAGGUGCUGAAAAAACUACUCAAAAUAGUGGUGUAUACUUGGAAUCACAUGGCAUUGGGCAGUUGAAUGAUACAGAAGAGUAUUUUGAAGCUAUCAAGGAUAUAAUAAUGCUUGAUUAUUGUACUUUUAAGGUUCCUUUAUUUUGGUGCAAUUGGGCAAAUAUUCGAAAUGGUGUUAAGAAGUUGGAUUUCUAUACCCUUGUAAAUUUUAAUAUAGGGAAAAAUCAGUCUAUUAGGGAUCCAUAUGUAUUAGCAUCUCAAGUUAAAAAGGAAGAUAAGGAUAUGAUGCAUUUAUGA